GUUACAAGCAACGCGGUUGCUGCUCCCUGCGCUCAUGCUGCAGCAGCUUGUGCUCACCCAUGUGGGGCACAUGCAGACCCUCACAGGCAUUAUCUCGGUGAUGGGCAAGCCGGGGCGGAGGGGCAAGUGGGGGUUGGACAGGUGUUUGAACGGCAGCACAUGGGAGGCUUACCUUACUCGCACCGCCUAUGCCCGCCCGGGCAACACGGGGGCGACUGCUUGUGUCUUUGUCAGGGAUGAGGAGAGGGUAGGUGGAUGUGGAGACUCAUCAAAAUCGUUCGAGAUGUACGAUGUCACCGACCCGUCUUCUCUCUUCGCCAUCGUCUCACCAGUCCCGCUGCACUACUACUUCCGCACCAACGACGCCCGCCCCUACAUGCUGCCCUCUCCUCUCUCCGAAACCCACCCUUGGGAGACACCCGCGGUGGUGCCUCUGGAUCAGUUGGGAGCGGGUGUGUGCAGAUACGAGGCUUGGUGCAGGCACACACAGCCUCCCAGUGCGUGGCAAUCGUGGGGCAUCCCCAUCCUCAUCGCUCUCUUCGCCCUCCUCCUCGUGCUGCUCGUGCUGGUAGCGGCGCGGAUCCAGCGAGCCCAGUUCUUCCAGACGCAGCAGCAGAUGGCGGGUGCAGACAAACUGAGGAGGAAGGCAGAAGACGCGGAGGCGUCAAAGAGCAUGUUUGUCGCGUGCAUGUCUCACGAGCUCAGGACACCAAUGAUGGGGAUCAUUGGCAUGCUCGAUGCGCUAGCGGACAUGGCUCUCCAACCCCCUGAGCUGUCAGACCUCCUCACGGCACGAGGUUGCGCGAUGGAUGCACUGCAUCUGGUCAACCGUGUAUUGGACCUGGCGAAGCUGGAGGCAGGCAAGGCGGUGGCGGAUGAGACAGUGAUUGAUGUGCGAUCGUGGCUAGAUGCUGUGCUGGACUGGCACGCAGAGGCUUUUCCACCACCGUCCCUCGUGCACCCACUUCCACAUUCACUAGCUGGACCUCUGCCUGGUACUUACUCAACAUUUCGCCGGCUGAAGGAAGCUGCAAAGGCGUUGCCAGAAGCAGCAGCAAGUGCAACUAGCAACGCAUUAUGUGGAUCAAGGGAGGGGAGGGGGGAUGCCAGGAGUCCAGAGGGGGCCAAUGGGCAGCGGCCAGCUGUGCUGGUGGUGUCAUGCCGUGACUCGGGAUGCGGCCUGCCAGCGUCUCUCCUCGGAGUUCACAGCAGCAGAGAGGCUUCGCACUUCUCGCUUGCGGUGACUUUAAUGAAGGGGGAGAUUGCCUUUGAUUCCCAGCCUGGCUGUGGCUCCACUGUGGCAUUUUCCGUGCCCGUGGCCGUUCCCUCGAUACAAGAACACUCCUCGCUACAAGAACACUGCUCAUAUGAGGAAGCAGAAGUGUUGGAAUCGCAAGACUUGCAGAGUCAGCAGCAGCAAGGGGGGGCGUCAUGGUUCUGGGAGGAGGCACUUGAGUUGAUUGCUGCUGACCUUGUCUCCACCACCUCCCGAGGAGAGGAGGCGCUUGGCGGGUUAGUUAGAGCAGGUGCUCGGGGGGCUGGUGAGAUGGGUGAGAGUAGCGGCAAGGAGAUAGCGGCUGGGGAGCUGGUUGGGAGCAGUGCGGAUAGUAGGGAGGGGUUUGGCGCAAGUGGAGCAAGGGGAGCUAGUGAGAGAGGAGGUGAUGCACGAGGAGUGGAUGGGAGAGGCGGGGACGGAAGAGGAGGGAAUGAAGGAGGCCGUGCAUCAUUGCAGCAUGGCUUCGACUUGGUUCUCAUGGACCUGCAGAUGCCGGGCAUGGACGGGUUCGCAGCAACAGAGGCGAUCCGUGCAUACGAGAGAAAGCUUAUGCUGGGCAUGGCACAAGAGGCACAGCAGGGAAGAGAGCAGGGGAGGGAGGAGGAAAGGGAGCAGCAAGGAGCAUUGGCUUCAGAGGGAAGUAUGGGAGGGCAACAGGGAAGCGUGCAGCAGGGAAGCAUACAGCAGGGGGACAUAUGGGAGAGCGCAGGGGGGAGAGCAGCAGUGGCGGGAGAGAUGCACAGGCGGGGCAUGAGCUGUGGAGGAGACUGGGGGAGGGGAGAGAGAUUUGUGCACAGGGAAAUGGGAGGACAAGGAGGGCAGAUUGAGGGAGCUUCUAGGGCUGGUUCGUCUGCUCUGCAAGCCUCUCACCUAGAAGCUGCUAACGCUGCUGCUGCUGCUGCUGCUGCUGCUGCUGCUGCUGCUGCUGCUGCUGCUGCUGCUGCUGCUGCUGCUGCUGCUGCUGCUGCUGCUGCUGCUGCUGCUGCUGCUGCUGCUGCUGCUGCUGCUGCUGCUGCUGCUGCUGCUGCUGCUGCUGCUGCUGCUGCUGCUGCUGCUGCUGCUGCUGCUGCUGCUGCUGCUGCUGCUGCUGCUGCUGCUGCUGCUGCUGCUGCUGCUGCUGCUUCUUUGAGUGCCCAGGCUGUCUCCCUGCGGGUGCCCAUAGUGGCUCUGACGGCAGACGUGGAUCGUGGAGUGGUGCAGAGGUGUGCAGAGGGGGGAUUUGACGGUGUGCUGCAGAAGCCAGUGGAUGCCCACCUGCUCGCCGCCCACCUCUCCCAAAUGUGCUUCCACCGCUCCCUCGGGCGAUAG